AUGGAAAACAAAGAGAACUUUGAAAAUAAUUAUCCUGUUUUUACAAAAGAUUCAAGUGACACUUUAAAUAACAUGAAAACUUUUCCUUUGUUAUCUUUAACUCCAGAAAUCUUGGCUGAAAUAUGUGAAGAUCUUUCACCCAAAGAUCUUUAUACUUUAACUAUAGUUUGUAAAAAACUUCGUAAUUUUUUAUGGGCCACUUCUGGUUGUACUCAACAAAUCUGGCGUAAGUCUAGACUAUUAAUGUUUUCACUAGAUUCUUUAUUACCACCUAAAGGCAUGUGUGAACAACAAUAUAUUUGGUUAAAAGAGUUGGGUAGUACAUGCCAGGUAUGUAGAGCUCAAGUCGAUAAAUCUGAACGAUGUUUGAUUUGGGAGUUCAAAAGAUUAUGUUGCAGACCUUGUUUGUCUAUAAAAACCACAAGUCUUGAAGAUUUACGAAAUAAUAUUCCUGAAGAAGUACUUUCCUGCCUUCCUAAUGUUAAUGAUAUAAAACCUUCGAACUUUUUUGAAGCUUGUCUUGUUACUUUACCUGGUAGUCGAUAUCAAAAUCCAUAUUAUUGGACAACUGAUGUUUAUAAAGCUUAUCGUGAAUAUCAUGCGUUAAAUGCCAAUGAAAGAGAAAAAUGGGUCGAGAAAAAAAAAGCAGAGGUUGAAGAAUUUAAUCAAUCUAUUGAAGAACUUAAAUCAAAAGAUAUGACAGAGUUUCUUACAAGUCUGAUGAGGUAUACAAUGACUCAAGCAAAUUAG